AUGCCACUCAAAAGUUAUGUUGUACACACUUCAUGGGAAGUUCGAAUAGCAGCAGCCAGUGCUGUAGAAGUUAUUAGUAAAGAAAUAUUGUCACAAUCUAAUGACAUUUAUGUUAAUUUGGCAGUUCAGAAGACAUUUAUUCAAAAACAGUUAAAUUUUGGCCUUCAAGAACGUGUAACUGGAAUUGAUCCAUUAGUACAAGAAGAAGAUUUUAAUUUAAAUUAUUCAUAUCAAAAUUCCUCUGUUAACUGUUUAUCAUCGGCUGAAUUACAAGAAGUUUUAUUUGGAAAUUGUGCAAUAUAUUGUGAGCAAAAUACAGAACCAACAUGCUCGAAACGAAGGAAAUCAUCACCAUCACCAAGCAUUUCAUUAGCAGAAGGGCAAACCGCCUGGCCGUUCAGUGAAUUUUAUGAUUGGCUACUUGAACAAAGUUUUGAACCGAAUUGGGAAAAUCGUCAUGGAGCUAUAACUGCUCUUCGAGAACUAUUGAAAGGAAAUCCAUCAUCGAAAAAAGAACAGGACGAUGUCAAUGAAUAUUAUUUGCAGUUUGCCGAUGAUCUUUGCGUUCGUUUACUUGCAUUAAUCGCGUUAGAUCGAUUUGGUGAUUAUGUCUCAGAUGAGGUAACAAUUGAUUAUACUGUUGUUUUAAUUAAUUCAAUUUAUUUGACAUAA